CUUCACAUUUAUCAGGUUAUACGUUUACUAACCAUGGGGAGAAGCUCAAGGCUGGGGACAGAAUUAAGAACCUCAGCAUCCUUUUGCUCAUCUUGGGGGGUAUAUGCUAUGGGAGGAAAGAAGUAAUAAUCAUUUAAAGGGUUCAUCUUUAGUACUGAUAUAUAACUAGGAGAUUUAAUUCUUUUGCCAAGCAGGCAUUUGGUAAAUUUUCAAGCCCCAACUCUUUAACAGCUGCCUUUACUGCUCUUGUGAGAGAGAAAAUAUUCAUAGUAUGCCAGUUGCAUACAAUAUGUUUAGUGCAAUUUCUGUGUCAGGAUGAAUUUAAAAAACCCAGGAAAACCUGGGGUUUAUAGUGCUUUUAACCUUAUGGGAAAGAUGUAUCAAACACUGUACCUUUAUUGAACUUGAAUAUAAAGAACUUGUAUGAUUUCUUGGCUUUUAUAUAUAAGCAGGCAAGGUAAUGUCGCAAGAGAUUUAUUUCUAAAUGCAAAGUAUUACUGACACAGACAGUCUUGCAUCAGAAAUAUGAAUCAUUCAUACCACACAGCUUCUAAAACUUAUAAAAUAUUAACAGAUACGAACUUCAAAGACACUGAAGUUUACAACAAGCCAAGUGUAGGGAAGAAAUCUAGAUUUCACUUUUCCUUUGGAUUGUGAGCAGACCUCCCUGGGAGGAAUUAUUGGGAGUUACCUAACUUGGCUAUGUAUCUUUAUAUAUCGCUGAGAGUUGUGUAGAUCCUAGUGUCAAUUUAUUUUGUGAUAGUUAUUUGUUGUAUUCUUCCAUAACUUUUUCUGGGCUAAACAGGCACCCCCCACUUAGUGUUCUUAAUUGGUUCUUGAAAAACCGAGCAUUAAGCGAAAUGAGAGUUAAGUGAAACCGAAAGUAUUUGACAACCCUAGAUGGCAACCACAAUUGUUUUCAAUGACCCAAGAUGGCGACCACGAGCAUUAUACUGAAACUUGCUGAGCGCUAAGUGAAAUCAAACAUCAAUUUAAAAUGAGCGUUAUAGUGAAAUAGCGCUAAGCAAAACAGCGUUAAGCAGGGGUUGCCUGUAGUACAGAGUUCUAUAGUUCUAGCCUAAAUCAUAGUUCGUGCAUUGUGCAUCACUGCAGGUAAGAGCCAAAUCUUGGACCCAAAUAAGUACUUAAAGCUGAAUUUUGGAUAUAUACCUGUAUUUUUUUAAAACCACAUUUUUACUUGUGGAGCAGUGUGUUCAUUUUGAAAUUAUGAUCGACUGCAACCAUUUAUGGACUGCUUCAGUGCUUUCCAUAAUAUCUGGAGUUCUAGACUAAAACUGGGAUCAGGAUUUUAACCUAAUGAAUGUUCUCCUCUGAAGACCAAUUAAAAUUAAUCUAAAGUCAUUCUUCAGUGUUUGGAUUGGGAGGUUCAUUUGGUUUUUUGUUUAGGUUGGUCUUGUGUAACCUAAAUUUGACCAAACUUGUUUGGAGAAAGGACACUUUUUCAAGCUUUCUGCUAUUAGCAAAUGUGUCGACAAAUUUUUUUAGUAAUAAAAAAGUGAUGAUACUCCUAAACUUUUUGGCCAUGUUUUAAGUAUUUAGGACUCCAUGAUUAAUGAAAAAUUAAUGAAAGAGUACUGAUAAGGAAGAAAAACCUAAGCAUUAAAGCCAUGGCAGGAUUCCUGGACAAUUUCCGAUGGCCAGAAUGCGAGUGCAUCGAUUGGAGCGAAAGAAGAAAUACAGUUGCUUCAGUGGUUGCAGGUGUCUUGUUUUUCACAGGCUGGUGGAUAAUGAUAGAUGCUGCAGUAGUAUACCCUAAACCAGAACAAAUGAACCAUGCCUUCCAUACCUGUGGAGUGUUUUCUACACUUGCCUUCUUCAUGAUAAAUGCUGUCUCAAAUGCACAGGUGAGGGGAGACAGCUAUGGUGAUGGGUGUCUAGGAAGAACAGGUGCUCGUGUCUGGCUCUUUAUUGGUUUCAUGCUGAUGUUUGGUUCACUUAUUGCUUCAAUGUGGAUCCUUUUUGGAGCAUAUGUUACACAAAACAUUAAUGUAUACCCAGGACUAGCUGUGUUUUUUCAAAAUGCGUUGAUAUUUUUCAGUACUCUGAUCUACAAAUUUGGAAGAACAGAAGAGUUAUGGGGAUGAAAAAUCAGAGCAAGCGUUCCCUCCGCCUGCCUCUCCCUCCCCCCAGUCACACACACCUUAUUAUUCUGUUUGUAGAUAUCUUUGUUUUGGUGGAUUUUACAUUACACAUUCGGGGUUUUGGGUCUUGUUUUCUUGAAGCUGAAUGAACCAGGACUUAAAAAAAAAAAAAAAAAAAAAAAGUCUCUUCUUGAAAGUUGCUAUAAUGAUUUCCCUUCUUUUUUCUUGGAACAAGAUUGUGAAUAUGUACAUAUUACAUGGCUUGGUAUGUAUAUAUCUUAGUAAAUGCUACAUUUUCUUAA